UCUUUUCCACUUGUAAUGGCAAAAUCCACAGCGACAACUCCCAUCGAUCGCAGAGAGGACGUCAGCAGAUUCGAAGCAAUGUUUUCGCGUCAACACCAGCCUACUGCCAGCAACGCUGAAUCACGCGUGAAAAUUGAAAAGGAAUCAAAUCGCAUUCUAGUAUGCCUUCCACAAGGGAUGCUCAACGGAGUGCGGGACAAGCUACCCAACAACGGUGCGGACUAUUUUUACUUCCGGGGAAUUCCCUAUGCAAAGCCACCGGUUGGCGAUCUUCGCUUUGCAUCUCCCGUUCCAUUGAAAAAGUUUCCGGCUGUAGUUCUAGAUUGUUCGAAAGAAGGUAGCAGUUUUGUAGGAACACAUGUCUUGAGCCGCAAUAUCACCGGUUGCGAAGACGGAUUGUUCCUGAACGUCUACACACCGGCGAUUCCCAAGAACCAGCAGCAUCACUCUUUUCCAGUUAUGGUGUUCAUCCACGGAGGUGCUUCCAUCGGAGGAGACUCUUCCAGUUUGCUUUACCAUCCAAACUAUUUGGUCCAGGAAGGAGUGGUAGUUGUAACUAUGAAUUAUCGUUUGGGUGUGCUGGGUUUGUUGUGUUUACCGGAAGCGGGAAUUGAGGGUAAUGGAAGUCUUAAGGAUCAAAGAGCGGUGCUUCGUUGGGUUAGCGAAAACAUUGCCAAAUUUGGAGGUAAUCCCGGUAAUGUGACUUUGUUUGGAGCUAGUUCCGGCGGGGGCAGUGUAGGUCUUCAUUGCGUUUCGGAAUCUUCGAGAAAAUAUUUUCACAAGGCGAUCAUGCAGAGUGGUCAUCAGCUGUGCGACUUCCCUUACAGUGAGCAAGUGGUGCAAAAAUCCCGAAAGCUAGCGAAGAUUUUCGGAUAUGAAGGAAACUGCGACAAGGAAGCAUUGAUGGUUCUGAAAAAGGUUCCACCUAGAAGCUUGGUGCAGAAACAGUUCGAAGUAUUGACGGCAAGGGAAAAGGAAUUGGAGAAAAUCUACCACAUUCCAUUCGGUCAUGUCAUUGAGCGAAAGGAUUCGGAAGAUGCACUGCUUACGAUGGAUCCCCGGGAGUUUAUAAGAAUUAAUGGUUCAUAUGGAAUGCCCAUUAUUAUGGGAUUUAACAAUGGAGAAGCAUCAAUGGAAUUGAAGUGUGUGAUGGCUCACUUAAACGAUUUUAAUUCACAAUGGGAGAGAUACAUUCCAAGAAGCUUAAAGGUAGACUAUUUUGAGCCAAUCGCACGAACAAUCGGUGAGGAAAUCAACAAGUUUUACCUUGGAACCCAGCCAGCAUCAGAGUCUACAACCUCCGAAAUUCUUCAAUUAAUAUCGGAAAGAUACACCUACACUGCCUACAUUUUCGCCUACCUGUGGAGUCAAUUCCAACGCGAUUCAAAUCUGUACUGUUAUCGAUUUGCCUUUGAUGGAGCUUUAAACCACGGAAAGGUUCUUACCGAUUUGCCUCCGAUCAAAGCGGCCGCUCACAUGGACGAAAUCUUCUAUCUGUUCAGUUCACUGCUGGUGCCGGAAGUUGCCGAAACGAACAAAGCAUUCCAGGUGCGACGUACGAUGGUUCGACUGUGGACUAAUUUUGCCAAAUGUUCAAAUCCGACCCCGGCGGACGAUAGUGAAAUUCGCUUUCGCUGGAAUCCGGUGGCGGCGUUUGAGCCGGGCAGUGCGGAAUCUUUCGAUCCACAAUUUCUCAAUGUAGAGCAAUCCUUUCGAAUGGGUUCGGUUCCGGAGAAACGUGGGUUCGAGUUUUGGGCACGGCUGCAUGAGAAGUACAAUGGCCGGUUUGAUUGUUUGGAAUUUCCUGUAGAAAACUUGAAUAAGGAAUCAAGUACCUAAUGUUUUUGAGAAAAUAAAUUCAAUAUUCUGCUCUUGAGCGUGGUUUUCUU